AUGUGCAUAAAGCGCAUCAAGGGACUGAACAAAGGUGUAAGCGUGAAAAGCGCCAAAUUUAUAUGGACUGAACCACACAGCAGAAGACUGAAUGUAGAAAUUACUGUGCACGGUGAGCUACCCACGGGUGAUAUGGUGGCACAAGAAAUUCUGAUUGAGUUCGUUGUUCACAGCCAACAAUGUUCUGAUUGUACCCGGACGGCCGCAAAAGAUUACUGGAACGCCUGUGUCCAAGUCAGACAGCGGGUAGAUCACAAAAAAACUCUGAUCAACCUGGAACAGACAAUCUUACGUGCUGGAGCACACAGGGAAUGUAGCAACGUAAAACAAAUUGCUGAUGGUGUUGACUUCUACUUUGGUACACGUUCACAGGCGGUGUCCUUUGUAAACUUUUUGUGCAAACAUGCACCUUGCAGGUAUCAAACAUCACAACAUUUAAAAUCACAUGAUGUACAUAACAAUACAUACAACUACAAGUUCACCUUUUCUGUCGAGAUCGCUGGGAUUUGUAAAAAUGAUAUUGUUUGUUUGUCUAAAGCUCAGUCACAACGCCUCGGUGGGAUCGGACCAUUAUGUGUCGUGACAAAAGUCGCUGAAGCUAUUCAUCUAAUCGAUCCAGUCACGUGUCAGAUCUGCUGGGUUGAUGGAUCAUCCUACUUUGCCAACCCGUUCACUGCAAUAGCCAGUCAAAAACAAUUCUCGCCGUUCGUGAUAGUCGAGAUAGAAGAAGAUGAUGAUCGGACAGAGAAGAGUUCAACCGGAACAGCACCUGUGGGGGCUCGCAUUUCUCAACGUCAUCGUUCAGCCUCCGUGUGGUUAAUGCGCCUGAAUCAGAAACUGGAUGAGGAUGACCCUCAAGGUGGUUUGGUUCACACUCGCACUCAUCUGGGGCACAUUAUUCAUGUGGGUGAUACGGUGCGUGGGUUAGAUUUCCGUAAUUGCAACAUCAAUCAUCAGGAAUUUGAGAAACUAAAUGAGAGUCACAUACCUGAUGUGAUUCUUGUACUGAGAGCCACUCAAUCCACCGAUGGGGAUGAUCUGACUGAGACGCAUAGUUCUCGAAGUGUCCCGAUCAGCGCUAAGCGAAGACGCCAGGUUUCGGUGGCUGAGUCUUCCACCACUAUGGGCACGACGAAUGAUGUGCGGACUUUGGAGCCCACCCCGCUCGAUUCAGGCAUGGAACUUUCCGAAGAAAGCGACGACAACAAUGGCGAACACUGCCAUGCCAGUCAUGCAGGACCACCGUGCACUAUCAGGGUGAUCGUUGUACCUCCAUUUUGA